AUGGCUAAAAGAUCUUCAGAUGUUUUGGAUGGUAUUGAUAAAGGUGUAAAACAAUUAGAAUCAACAAAUAAAAGAAGUAAAUUUAGUAUAGAUCAUAUAUUAGAAAAAAAAGUUGAUUUAUCAUUAAAAGAAACAAAUAUUUUUCAUAAACAAUGUAAAGAAGAAUGGAAAGAAAAAGAAGAUUCUCCAGAAGUAAUAUCAACAAUUCCAAGUAAUAUUUUACCCUUAGGAGUUUCACAAAUACUUGAAAAAGUUCAUUGUAAACUUGAAGGUAAAGAAUUAUGGAAUAAAUUUUUUAAUCUAAGUACAGAAAUGAUAAUUACAAAAUCUGGAAGAAGAAUGUUUCCAACAUUAAAGAUAAAAUUUGAAGAAAUCAAUCCUGAAUCAUUAUAUUAUAUUUUUUUGGAUAUUGUACCUGUUGAUGAUCGUAGAUAUAGAUAUGUUUAUAAUAAGUCAAGUUGGUUGACAGCUGGUAAAGCUGAACCAACACCACCACCAAGAAUCUAUUUACAUCCAGAUUCUCCAAUAACUGGAAGACAAUUAGCAUCACAAAUAAUAUCAUUUGAAAAGGUUAAAUUAACUAAUUCUAGUGAUUUAGAUAAGACAGGACAUUUGGUACUUAAUUCUAUGCAUAAAUAUCAACCAAGGAUUCAUUUGAUGGUUAAAGAUGAUAAAAAUAUAAAAUUUCCAGGAAUAGAUUAUAUUAAUUCUAGUCAAUUUGAUAUAACAAAAUAUAAUUAUAAAACAUUUCUUUUUAAUGAGACACAAUUUAUGGCUGUAACAGCAUACCAAAAUCAAUUGAUAACACAAUUAAAAAUAGAAAAAAAUCCUUUUGCUAAAGGUUUUAGAGAUCCUGGUGGUCGUGUUUCUGAUUAUGAUGAUCAUGGAUUUGGUGGAAAUUUAUUUAAUAAUAAUAUAUCUUUAAAUAAUUUAUGGGGUAAUGGUUUUCCACCAUCAAUGGAUCCAUUAUUUUUUAGUAGACUUAAUACUGCAGCACUUCUAUCACAAAAAUUUACUCCAACACCAUCUGGUCAUGGAAAUUUUUUAUUUCCAUUAACAAAUUUUUCAAUGAAUUUAUUACCUGGUUUCGAAGUUUUCACCAAUAAUGAUAAUAAAAAAAAUACUAAUGAUGAUUCUUCAAAAAUUUAG